CCUUUACUCAUCAAAAGACAAGAAGGUCAAUGAAGUGAGCUUAUUAGUAGACAAGGGGAUAAAAAAGUCAAUUUUCAUUAUUUUGCUUUCUGGUUGAACGACAGAGUGAAGGGAGUGUUUUGCUGGCUAACACUUGGGUUAUAUGUAAAAUCCUUCGAAAUUUUUCUGAAAAUCGAAAAAGGAAAGCUAGAAAUUGACUAGUUCAUGACUUUUAUUGCUAUAUUCUUUUAUACUUGAUUCUAAUUGCCUUGCUUUCAAUUACUAGACGUUUUGUAAGGACCUUGCUUAAAAUUGCGGAUCCUAGAGGAAAGGGACAUUUGAGUAAUUGAUUUGUUACUAAUUAGAUUUUAUCUUUUUUUCUUUUUCUUUUUGUUAAAUCUAAUAACGUUACUGUUAUUAAUCUUAUGCCUUCUAAUCUCGACUCAAAGGAUAUGAUAGAAAUGAAGUCACUGGAAUCUUUAACAGUUACAAGAUCUUUUAAUUUUGCAAAUAACGAUCGUUCCACAUAUUUGCCUUCUGACGAUGAAGGAUCGUUCGAGCAUUCAAGUGAAAAACAAACCAAACUUUCCAAAUAUUGGAAAAAAUGUAGCUAUGAAAUUCGCGAGUACUGCAAAUUCAUAGGACCCGGAUUUUUAAUUGCUGUUGCGUAUAUUGAUCCUGGUAACUAUUCUACGGAUUUGGAUGCUGGUGCGCGAUUUCAGUAUAAACUUCUGUUUAUCGUUUUCAUAGCAAACCUAUUUGCUGUUUACUUACAGUCCCUAUGCUGCCGCUUGGGUUCUGUAACUGGCUUUGACUUAGCAAGAAACUGUCGGGAACAGUAUCAUAAGUACGUUUGCAUAACCUUCUACAUCUUGGCCGAAAUCGCCAUUGUCGCUACGGAUAUCGCGGAGGUCAUCGGUACUGCGGUUGCUUUAAAAAUUUUAAUGAAAAUUCCUCUCGUUGCUGGUGUUGUUAUUACUAUCUUGGAUGUAUUACUUGUACUAAUCGCUUGGCGUCCGGAGGGUUCCAUGCUAGGUGUUCGCAUAUUUGAAGCCGCUGUUGCCAUGUUGGUACUCGUCGUGGCUAUUUCAUUUGCUGUUGUUCUUGGCCGUGUCCAUAUAGGCGGAGCCGGCCAUGUUUUCAAAGGAUUUCUUCCGAGUUCCACAGUUUUCUCGCGCGAAGGUCUAUAUAGUAGUAUCGGAAUUUUAGGAGCUACCGUCAUGCCUCAUUCUUUGUUUCUAGGAUCUGGUCUUGUGCAAACUCGUUUGAGGGAUUUCGAUGUUCGAUCAGGAAAUUACGUCCCCGUGGGAGAUUGCUCUGACUAUAGACCUUCUAUCCAAACCAUAAGACAUUCUUUGACGUAUUCUGUAGUCGAAGUCGUACUUUCACUCUUUACAUUUGCCUUAUUUACCAAUUCCAGUAUUUUAAUUGUUGCAGGAGCUGUCUUUUAUAACACUAGCAACGCUGACACCUCGGAUCUUUUUUCUAUAUACGAAUUACUUACCAAAUAUGUCUCUCUUUCCUGUGGUAAGCUUUUUGCGGUAGCUCUUUUAUUUUCGGGUAUGAGCGCCGGUUAUGUUUGUACUAUCGCCGGUCAAAUGGUUAGUGAGGGUUAUAUCAACUGGAACUUACGUCCUUGGAUUCGACGAACCCUUACCAGGUCUAUAGCCAUCAUCCCUUGCCUAGUUGUUGCUGCUGCUGUAGGUCAAAGCGGAUUGAACGCAGUAUUAAAUGCUAGUCAAGUUUGUCUCUCCAUUUUACUUCCUAUUUUAACUUUUCCUCUUGUGAUGUUUACUUGUUCUCGUAAAGUAAUGUCUAUUUACUCAGAAAAGGUCGACGAAGAAACAGGUGAAGUUAUUAGAGAUGUUCAUGAUUUAAGCUUGGGUUGGCCCAUGACUAUACUUACCUGGUUAAUUUGGUUGUUUCUUACUGCAUUGAACUUACUACUCAUUAUUUGGUUAGGAAUGGGAAUUUCUACCUAAGCCAUCUACUAUUUAUUAUAUAGCACUAAACUAAUGUGGAUAAUUAUGUAUUUUAACUUUAUAUAUACGUGCUAUUUUAUGUUUCCUUCCCUUACCAAAAUUUAUUAACAAACUUUAUUAUUAUACAUAUAUGUACAGACCA